UGGGGAAGCCUAGCUGCUUUGUAGCAACAAAGCAAGUGAGAGAGAGGCAGUUUCCAGACCUGGAUCAGUGUCAGAGCAGAAGGGAAUCUCUCAUUGGUCCUUUGGGGUUCGGGAAGCAACCAGAGGAAUUUCACCGCUAUGCAAGGAUGCUCAAAGAUUGUGCAUCGCCUCUACGCAUCGCAGGGGAGGGCUUGCUGCUUUGAUACUCCUGGACUGAACAAGUUCUGAUAGGUCUCUGCCUUUAUGAAUCUUCAUGAAGUCCCAAAGCUACAAAAGCUGACAAGAAAAGUCAACUAACAGGGGGUCCCAGCCUUCGCCUAGCAGCCUGAUUCAGAGCGUAUGACAAGGACACAUUCCUUACACAACAGUAGCCCACCUUGUGGAUCAGGUGUAAAAUGAUGGUAGCAGUAGAAAUUAAACCUGAUGUGGAGAGACAUAAACAAUGGAAGGACCUACACCCGAACCUGCCUUUGUUGAUGUGGACAAGGGACUAACCUUAGCAUGCUUUGUCUUCCUUUGCCUCUUCUUGAUCGUCAUGAUUAUCCGUUGUGCAAAAGUCAUCAUGGACCCUUACAGCGCCAUCCCAACAUCCACCUGGGAGGAGCAGCACCUGGAUGACUGACAGGCCAAGGAGGCAGGGAAAAAGGCAGGCAACACAAUGUUGGAUCA